AUGAGCGGGCGAGUUCUCAACGGAAAAACGCUGCAGUUCCCUGCGCAGAGACUUGGAAGGACAAUGCACUAUCUCUCAAGUUGGGAUGAGAGCAGCUCCAUCAGCAGUGGUUUGAGUGACGGCUCAGACAACCUCAGCUCAGAGGAGUUCAACGCUGGCUCCGCCCUCAACUCCCUCCCCACCACUCCCAUUGGCUCCCGACGCAACUCUGCCAUUGUGCUGCGUACAGACGCAGAGAAGCGAUCCCUGGUGGAGAGUGGGCUGUCCUGGUACGAGGAGGGCAAAGGACAUCGCCGUAGCGAUGGCAACUAUGACACAGGCAGUCUGAAGACAGAGUCCUCCAGCAAAUGGAAGAAGGACGCUGGGGUCAAAGGUCAACUGAAGAAGCCACAGACCUUAAGUCAUCAGUCUAGUGCUCUGAAGAAAGGUCGUAACCCCCCUGUAGCAGUCACGUCCCCCAUCACACACACCUCACACAGCAUGCUUAAAGUAGCAGGCACUCCGAAGAGCGAACAGAAGUUGGUUGAUAAGUCCAAGCUGGCAGUGAAAGGUUCAGGUCUGCAGCGUUCCUGUUCAGACGCAGGGAAAGAACGCAGCGAACAUCGCAAACCUCCCUCUGGUUUGGUACGGCCUUCCUCUGGGAAUUCCUUCGGUUAUAAGAAACCCGCUCCGGCGGCCGGGACAGCCACGCUGAUGACAGCCGGCGGGACGCAAGUUUCCGGAGGUUCAGCGACUGUUGGAAAAACCCCCAAAUCUUCAGGAAUUCCCGUGAAACCUGCUGGGGCAGGAGGCCGGAAGACCAGCUUGGACGUAUCAAACUGUGAACAGGGAUUCCUCGCUUCAAACGCUCGAAAUAACAUCCAGUAUCGCAGCCUGCCACGCCCCACAAAGACCAGCACCAUGAGUCUGACCGGGGGUCGGCCAGGGUCGCGACCCGUCAGCAGUAACCUCGACAGCAGCCUUCUGAGUCUCAAACCUGUAGCAACCCAGUCCAGACUAAAAGAACCCAGCAGUGGGAAGAGUUUGAGCAGGGUCAGUACCGGAGGGCCCGGUCCAGUUAACCAGACGGACCGAGAGAAAGAGAAGGCCAAAGCCAAGGCUGUGGGGUCAGAUACGGAGACUACGGGGGGAGGAAACACUCCCUGCUCUUCCUCACAGAGCUCUGUGGAAAACCCGCCCAAGUCACUUGGACUCAGACAGCCGUCCAACCUCUGCAAAUACUCAGAGCUGACGUCACCUACCUCACACAGGCCGCCCAGCAGUAAGUCUGUGUGUAAACCUGACCACACGGACAAGGCCAGCCCUGGCUGCGGACUAGCCAACGUGGAGGACCAGCUGCCUCCCAAAGUGCUCCCUUACUCCAAACUCCAAGAUCUGACUGUUCAGGGUGUGAGUCCCGCCCCCUGUCUCACACCAAGUCCCGCCCCUGUGUUAAAUGUCAAUUCGUCAGAGUGUUUCACAGGCUCUUCCGUGGAGCGCGGCUCUGGGUCGCCCCUCCUCUAUCCCCGCCUCUCUGGCCUGCAUCGUAGCAUGGAGUCCCUCCCCUUGCAGAUGAGCGUCCCUCCAGUAGGAGGAAACACAGAGCACAAAAUCAAACAGGAAGAGAGAGCAGCUACUAACAGCUGGAACAUCACUGGAACUAACAGAACGUCACUCACUUUGACAGACAGCCAUUACAGUUUGUCUUCAUGUGAAGAUGGAAGGACAGAGAGACGCCACUCACAUGCUGUCAUUAGUUUGAUUGAGAAAGACAGUGCUCAUGAUUUGCCGUGCCCAACAACGUUACCAUCCACAGGCAAACUUUCACUGACACACACCGCUGGCUUGCCCAGCCCUGGCACAGGCAUGCCCAGAAUGACCCGUUCUAACAGUAUCCCUACCCAUGAUGCCAGCUUUGAUAUGUAUGCCGGCUCUCCACUGGGCAGCACGCUAUCCCUGGCAGAGCGCCCCAAAAGCAUGAUCCGAUCUGGGUCGUUUAGAGAGAGAGAACCAGGAGACGAUGUUCAUGGCUCUGUGCUGUCUCUAGUGUCCAACGCUUCCUCCAACUAUUCCUCGGCUGAAGAGAGGAUACAGGGGGAGCAAAUCCGUAAGCUGAGAAGAGAACUGGAGUCGUCUCAGGAAAAGGUGGCCAAUCUGACCUGUCAGCUCUCCGCUAAUGCUCCCCAGGCUAACCUGGUUGCUGCAUUUGAACAGAGUCUAGCACUUAUGACUACACGCCUUCAGUCAUUGUCUGUCAGUGCAGAGCAGAAGGAUUCGGAGCUGCAAGACCUAAGACAUACUAUUGAAAGUCUAAAAACCAAAAACAUGGAAGCACAGGCUGUCAUACAUGGAGCGCUAAAUAACCCUGAUACUGCCCCCAAAGAGUUAACAUUAAAGAGGCAAAACUCCACUGAAAGUAUCUCUAGUCUGAACAGUAUCACCAGUCAUUCCAGUGUGGGCAGCCUAAAAGAACAGGAUGCCAAGAAAAAGAAGAAAAAGAGCUGGGUUUUUGAGCUGAGAAGCUCUUUUGGCAAGGCGUUCAGUAUGAAGAAGGGCUCUAAGACAGGCACUCUGUACUCAGACAUUGAGGAGAUUGCUACACCGGAUUCCUCUGCCCCCAACUCACCUAAACUUGCCCACGAAGGAGGAGAGAACCCACCCCUUUCCCUCCAGUGUGGCCAAUUAACAGAAUCUUCAGUUAUCUAUGAGGGGAAUGAGGAGGGCGGGGGUGAUGAGCACUUGGUGUCAGAGCUGCGUUCAGAGCUGUGGGAGAAAGAGAUGAAACUGACGGAUAUUCGAUUAGAGGCCUUAAACUCCGCCCAUCAACUGGAACAACUCAGAGAUGCCAUGAACAACAUGCAGAUGACAGUGGAGAGCCUGAAAGCUGAAAAUGACAAACUAAAAACAGGGAGUUCACCAUCAUCCAUGCUCUUAAAUGGUCCUUCCAGCUCUACCUCCCAGCCGUCUGGCCUGGCCUCACUGUUAGGCUCUGGCCAGCAGAACACAGGCAGCAGCAUGCUAACCAAGUCCUUCAGCCUGUGUCUCAAUGAGCGCUCUGACACAGGUAAGCUUACGAAAGCAAUGUGCUCACACUUACACAGUCCCUCACUGAUACAGAGGGAUGACGCGUGUGUCCGUGUGGUUGUCCGGAUAGCUGACCAGAAGAUGAACAGAGAGCCUGUGAAACAGCAAGACUUCUACAUUGGCUCAGUCAAGAUCAAUCCCAAAACAGACUGGACUUCACUGGAUGCACUCAUAACCACAGCAUUCAGGGACUACAUAAACAUGGUGGACCCCAGUGGCAGUAUGGGUCUGUCUGUAGACUCUCUACAGAGCUACACCGUCAAUCAGAGCAGAAGAAUCUUAGGGGGAGAGGCACCAGAGAGCCCACCACACCACUGCCUACCCCCAGACAGAGGCUGCGUAACUGUCAGCCUAAAAGGCUUUAAGGAGAAAUGCGUGGAUAAUUUUGUCUUUGAGACUCUUAUUCCUAAGCCGAUGAUUCAGCACUACAUCAGUCUGCUGCUGAAGCACCGGCGCCUGGUUCUGUCUGGACCCAGCGGGACAGGGAAGACCUACCUCACGGCCCGACUGGCCGAAUACCUACUGGAGCGUAGUGGGCGGCCUGCCGCUGACCACCUCAUCUCUACCUUCAAUAUGCACCAGCAGACCUGCCAGGAGCUCCAGCUGUACCUGUCAAAUCUGGCCAAUCAGAUUGACAGAGAGACUGAGACCGAUGAUGUCCCGUUGAUCAUAAUUUUGGACGACCUCAGUGAUGCAGCAUCCAUUACUGAGCUAGUCAACACUGCCCUUACCUGCAAAUACCACAAAUGCCCGUACAUCAUUGGAACAACCAAUCAGCCAGUGAAAAUGACGCCCAAUCAUGGGCUGCAUCUUAGCUUCAGGAUGGUCACUUUCUCCAACAAUGUGGAGCCAGCCAAUGGCUUUUUGGUGCGUUACUUGCGGAGGAAGCUGAUUGAAUCAGAAAACGAAGGAGCACUGGGUAAUGUGGAGCUCCUCAAGGUGCUGGACUGGGUGCCAAAGCUCUGGUACCAUCUGCACACGUUCCUGGAGAAACACAGCACCUCAGACUUCCUCAUAGGUCCAUGUUUCUUCCUGUCGUGUCCCGUGACCAUUGCUGAGUUCCGGCCGUGGUUUAUUGACCUGUGGAAUCAGUCUAUCAUUCCAUACCUGCAGGAAGGAGCCAAAGAUGGAUUAAAGGUGCAUGGGCAGAAGUCAGUCUGGGAGGAUCCAGUGGAGUGGGUGAGGGACACACUACCCUGGCCUUCAGCUCAGCAGGACCAGGCAAAACUUUUCCAUCUCCCUGCUCCCAGUACAGAUCCCACUUCUGUACCUGCUCUUAGUGAAACCAGACCUGCCAAGGAUACCCCAAUGCCUAGUUCCAUGGAUACAGACCCACUGAUGGCGAUGUUGCUGAAGUUGCAGGAAUCUGCUAACUACAUUGAGUCUCCUGACCGGGACAUCACAGGAGACCCCAGUUUCCAAGCCACACUAUGAACUCUAGAGACUAAACACCCUCUACAUGACUAGUGCUGUUCAACCCCCCCCCCCUCCCACUCCACUUCUUCAGAGACUAAGAGCCAAAUCAUUCUUUAUGUGGCAUCUGGAACAUGUCGCAUACACUGAGGGUCUAUGUAACGAGUAUGCAGUUCUGCUGAAGCCUGGCACAGGUCCUGUGCUAACCUAAAUGCGCCACGGCAACACCGAAACUUAAACUAAGUGUUCUCAGCAGAUGUCACAGACAUCACAAGGACAGUG